AUGAAGACCUUGGGGAACAGCAGCAUCCUUGGGACGUUAUCUUGCGUUUUCUGUCUGCCUCUGGUAGUUUCCUUCGAAGGAGUUACCAUCCCGGCAGAGCUGAAGUCGGCCGUAGCGAAAGUCACCGUCAACGUGACUUCCUGCAGUGCCACUUGUGGCCUGGGCUUCAGGCUGGAGGAGAUGUGCGAGAUCACUCCCGCCGGAGAGAGGAGGAAUUGUACCGUGCGCAGGUCUGAAUGCCUGACCAACUGGGUUUGUGGCUUGCUCCACUUCACCGUCCCUGCGGGCAAACCCUUCCAGAUCAGCUGCCUGAGCUCGGCUGUGGCUGGCGUUGGUAGCCGAGGCUAUAGCUACGCGUGGAGGCUUGCCCACGGCCUUAUCACCACCAACGAUGUGCUGUUCAAACCUUUCAAAAACCCCCAUUCGGUCGUCAGAUUCUCCCCUACCAGAGAGUCUGAUGCGGGGACUUACCGCUGUGACGUGGGGAUGGUGAAGACGUUCAGAGUCAUUCAAAGGGUCUACUUCGGGGUCAGAGUGAUCCGCGAGGACUUGGUGAAUCUGAACUUUCAAAAAUCCCUGACCUGGGAACAGAAGUUGGCAGCGAGCAAGGAGGAAGGCAAACCAGACAACAGCAACAGCGACGGCACGCAAGAGCAGCCUCGCUUUUGGCAAGGAGACUUGUUCUACGAAGCCUUGGUGGGAGUUGGAAGUGGAUUGAUAGGAGGGGUCUUGGUGAGCAUGGCUCUCUGCUGCUUGCUGAAGAUUUUGAGGAGGAGAGCUGCAGCAAAAUGCACUCGGAUUUAA